AUGGGAGCGUCGGAGUCCAAGCUUGUCUUUAAGCAAGGAAUCUUUCGCCUUUCUGAAGAAAGAGACAUUCCUGCUGAUGAUCCUUACUGGACCAGGUUUUGGGAAUUGCCCGAAUCGACCGAAGACGUCUUCAGCUUGUUCACCCCCGCAGACAUUCGACGAACGCGCGACAAUGCACUGUCGAACUUCGAGACCCUACUAUUGUCUAUAACCUCCCGCCUAACCGUCCUAAAGAACCACCCUUCCUUUCCGGACCCAGAACUGGCUCCUCCUAAAGACGCACUCAAUUGUAUCCGCAUCCUGACCCGAGUCCUUCCCUUUGUCUAUGAAGCCGAACACCUGGAAGAUUGGGAGGAAAAGUUCUUCUGGUCACGUCGUAAGAAGAAGACUAGACAGGCGCAAAUUUCGUCAGAGGUCCUUUUCGAUGAAGCGCAAGCUGAAGAGCAGCGGGACCAGGCAUCGCCGCGAACUGACGACUAUGAGGACGUGAAGCCCUUAGCGGAGGAGAUUAUUGACACUGUUCUGGAUCUUCUGUUCUAUACAGACUUUACCAUCCCUCAAAUCUCGACGACGACUAGCAAGGUUUCCCAUUCUAUCUGGCAGAGCGGUGUUGGUUGCAACACGUCAAUGGGGUCGAAUAAGGAGAUGGAAAACAAUCGCUGUGAGAUCCUUCGGCUGUUACUAACAUUGACCUCAAAGGCGAUGUAUAUCUCAUCAAGUGUGCUUCCGGUACAAGGGGUGAAGACUAUUACGUAUAUCACGACAUGCCACGAUAAGCAGACGGUUUUAACGCUGCUAUGUUCGCUAUUGAAUACAGCGGUCAAAUACAACCCUGCUUCCUGGAGAGUCCCAUAUGAUCACGUCGUGUGGAAAGAUCCCAAACAGAUUCUAGUCAUCUAUUGCUUACAGUUUUUGCUCGUUCUUCUUCUGUAUCCGAUCCCUGAAGAUGGCCGCGGCGCUCCCCCUAAAAACUACUACCGUCACUAUUUUGGGCGGUUACACAGGCCCCAAGAUUUUCAAUUUCUUGUUGACGGAAUGACCAGGAUUUUAAACCAGCCAAUGCAAGCGACCAACUCUUAUCUUCCCGGUAGCCAACGCUCUGUGAAAUGGGCACCGGAAAUGCUAAUGCUCUUCUGGGAGGCUUUGCAGUGCAACAAGCGAUUCCGGUCAUUUAUGAUUGAUUCGAAUCGCGCUCACGACUUUGUCAUUCUCUGCCUCUUCUAUGCAAUUGAAUACAAGGCCGACCCAUCCAAACAAGGAGUGGUCCGUAUGUGCAUCUUCAUUCUACAGACAAUGAGCGUUGAGCCCAAUUUUGGGAGAAGUCUGAAUAAGAAGUUCGAGGCUCAAGAUACCCUGCCUCAAAGCAUCCAUAUUCCUAACUUCAGAGGCUCUUAUGCGGAUUACCUUAUUAUGUCUAUUCAUACUCUAAUCGCCACGAGCAAAGGCAUGCUAAACGCGGUUUAUCCCGCUCUUCUGGCCAUCACCAACAACAUAGCUCCAUAUGUGGAACAUUUGUCACCGGGAGCGUGCUCCAAGAUCCUGCAGCUCUUCUCGUCAAUGUCGACACCUAGCUUCCUGUUAGCCAAUGAAACGAACCACAACCUUCUCGCCUCGAUCCUCGAAUCCAUCAACUCUAUUCUUGAACAUCAAUUCUCCAAUAACCCAUAUCUCGUGUAUGCCAUUCUGAAAUACCGUAAGCGUUUCGAAGCUGUUCGUACUUUCACACUUGAGAGUGGACAGCAAGAAAUUGAACGUCAAAAUGAGAGGAGAAAAGCGAAGAACAGCUUUGACUCGCUCGGCAGCAUUACUCCUUCACAGUCAUCAGAAGACCUUCAUACUUCUGAUGCACGGUCGUCUCUAAGCCGUAUACCCGAAGAAAAUGGUCCUUUUGCUAUUGGUGAAGAUGAUUCUGAUGAUGAACGAGAUGACGAGAACACUGCGCCACCAUCUACUCAGACCUCUCGGAGACCCUCCGUGUCAUCAAUGAUGGAUGAGAGCGUGCCGCUUCAGCUUCGCGGAAUGUCUGAAAAGGCGCGGGGGAAGAUGCCAGCUGGACAUCCAACUUUCUCCCGGCAAAACAGCAUGACAAGUCAAAGCAGCAUGUCCGGCAGCUUAACGAUAUCUCCCAACGGUUUCACACCAACCGCUGCUUGGCUUGAAUCAUGGUUGCCAGAGCUUCCUCUCCAUACCGUCCUUACUAUUAUCUCUGCCAUUACUCCUCAUGUCCCCGAGUCCGCGUUCCAAACGGUUUCAAAUCCUGAGGCCCGUACUCUAAUCUCCAACAUCUCAUCUUUUGAGGGAGAUCCUGCAAUCCAGACGAUUAUUUCGGAGCCUUCGCCCAUCCGUGUCCAUUCCUUUGAGUGGUCACCGCUUUCGAUGGGAUGGUAUGAAUCUCUGCUUUGGGGAUUCGUCUUCUCUAGUGAGAUGGUGGUUGGUACUGCGUCCGGUGCUACACCCGGCACUGUCGGUGUUUGGAAUGGAACAGGCAUUCGGCUGUUCAAGGUCCAAGAGGCUGCCGCUCAGGGGCCCACGUUGCUUGCACCCAAGGGCGCAGUUGAUGCUGUAGGAAGCAAUCUAGUCCAGCGCAUUGGAAAUUUGAGUCUCCGACGCACCAGCACGCAGGAAUCCCAGAACAACUCCAGACCAGCAAGCAUUCGGGAGGUCUAA